AUGGCAAGCUUUGCUGGGCGGAUUGAGGACCACCACCAUGCAUUCUUCUCUCCUCCGUCUAUGUACCCGUCUGCUGCCGCGACAACAUCAUCUUCAGGUCCUAGCCUUCCUCAAGAGUAUCUGUUUCAGAUGGCACAUCAGCCUCAGAUGAUGAUGAGAAACGACGGAGGAGGCGACAGGGUUUAUACGUCGAUGCUUUGGGCGGUUUUUGGCGGUAAAAAGUUCCUUGCUUUGCUUAUAAUUUACGUUUUGCCGUGUCACCAAAUCACCACCACGCUUGGAUUGUUACGUUUCGGAUCUCUAAUAGAGAAUGCGAUUCCUCCAUUGUUGAUUGAGGACUUACUCUCCUCUCGGUUCCAGAAGCUUCGAGAAUUUGAGGUUACGAAAGAGUGCAAACUGAUAGAACAGAUUGUGAUGAUGUGCCGGCUGCUUGUGGAGCUGCAGAGCUACAAUGCAAGCUGACGUGUGUCCACAGAAUCACUUUGUAGAACCUGCUGGGGAUAUGGGGAUCGGUUUGGAGGUUGGGAAUAGCUCGAAACAGCAGAACAAGUUUACGGUAGAGGACACUGUUGUGCAUCAUCAAGCGAAUCGCAGAACAAAGCAUCCUGAAAGGGUGAGAGUGAGAGCUGGUGUUG